AUGGAGGAAGUUGUAGCACAACAGGAAAAUACUUUGUGUCUUAUAAAAAAGAUGGGAGUGAACUUCAAAAAGUCACCAAUAGCUCGGUUGACAAAGGGAUACAUACAAACAAGACUCGAGACCGUGUCACAAUAUUGGGAAGAGUUCAGACAAGUACACUCUGAACUUACAAAAGUUACCCCGCCAACUAAAAAGAGAGAAAUCCCAUACUUUGUAGAAGACUAUUUCGAUAAAGGAGAAGAGGAGUACUUAAAUACAAAAACAGAUAUGCAAGACAAAUUAGAGGCAUUGCUGAAUGAAGAGACUACAGAAACUGGAGGAGAUAGAAUUCAUAUGCAAGAAGUUAAGUUACCCAAGAUAAACAUACCGCAAUUUAGUGGACACUACAGAUCAGCCAGAGGCAUUAAAGAACUAAUGGACACCACUAAUGAGUGCAUAAAUAAUUUGAAGAGCAACGAUGUUUCCGUUCUAAACUGGGACAUUAUAAUAAUUUACAUGCUGGUAAACAAGUUAGACGAGGAGUCACAUAAGAGUUGGGAGGAAGAACUUGGUUCUUUGCCAGGAGAUAACUUACCUUCACUAGAAACCUUCAUCAAAUAUCUGGAAACAAGAUUUCGAGUACUAGAGAUGAUCCAAACUUCUUCUACUACUAGAGAGACGAGAGAGAGAGUUAUAAACAAACCGAAAUCAUUUGUUACUACAACAUCUGCACCAACUUCCUUCAAAUGUACCCUAUGUAAUGAGAAUCAUGGGCUAAUUUACUGCAAGAAAUUUACAAACCUUAGUGUUACUGAUCGAGUGCAACAUGUUACUCAAUCAAUGUUAUGCUGCAAUUGCCUAUCUCCAAAACAUAGUGCAAAAUUUUGUAGAAGCCAAGGCACUUGUAAACAGUCUAACCGACGACACCAUACUUUACUACAUUAUCCAAGAGGUAUGGCUUUAAACACUCCAACGAGCACCGAGACUAAGAGAGGACCUGAAACGAAGAAACAACCAGAAACAGAGAUUAGUGGAACCAUAAAGUCGCAUCUAGUCACUCAAGGUCAAAAUUCCUUGAUGGCAACAGCUUUAGUUCAUGUUGAGACAGGCCAAGGAUUACAACUGGUUAGAGCCCUAAUAGAUCCUUGCUCUCAGGAAUCUUUUAUUAGCGAAGAGACUGCGCAGAGACUACAACUGAGACGGAAGUUCGUUAAAGGUCACGUGACAGGAGUUGACCAGAUGACUUCAAAAAUAAACUAUACAGCCGAAAUCCAGUUGCUUUCGAGAAUUAAUACAAAUUUUAAAUUACGCUGCGUUGCGUUCGUAGUGAGACAGGUGACAGAUAUUCUACCUGGCUAUCAAAUGAGUCAUGAGUCUUGGACUCAUCUGCAAAACUUGAGUUUGGCAGAUCCUACCUAUCAUCAACCUGGUAGUGUAGAUCUGUUACUGGGAGUAAACAUAUACACAGAUAUACUAAUGAGUGGAGUUGUUCGAGGAGAGCCUGAGUCGCCCAUCGCCCAACAAACACAGUUGGGAUGGAUUAUUUCCGGAGGAGUACAGAAAGAGACAGGUCAGCGAGGAAUCGUGAGCAUGCAUCUAAACCUAUCAUUGGAUGGUAUGCUAGAGAGAUUUUGGGAGUCAGAGCAAUUAGAGUCAGAGGAGAACGACAGUCUCACCCCACUAGAAGUUCGAGCUGAGGAGAUUUACGAGAAGACAGUGACGAGAGAAUCCAAUGGGAGAUACGUUGUAGCGCUUCCAUUUAAGAGUGAUACACCUAUUUUACCUGAGAAAUCAAGAGAAAUUGCCAGGAGGAGUUUGAGACAAUUAGAAAAAAGAUUGUCGACCAAUGAGAAACUAAGAACAGAGUACAAUAGAGUCAUGCAAGAAUACAUUAACCUGAAACACAUAGAGACUGUAAACGAGAACGAGCCUAGUGACAGGGCAGUUUAUUUGCCACACCACGCAGUGGUUCGAGAAGAUAAAGACACAACAAAAGUUAGAGUAGUUUACAAUGCGUCACAAGAGGGAGAGAACGGAGUUUCUCUCAAUGAACAACUAUUAAUUGGUCCUUCACUUCAACAAGAGCUACGAGAUACGCUGUUAAGGUGGCGAAUGCAUAAGACAUGUUUUAUUGCAGACAUUAUCAAAAUGUAUCGUCAAAUACUAGUAAGACGAGAAGAUGUUGAUUACCAACGAAUUUUGUGGAGAUUUCGACCUGAAGAUCCUGUAAAAGAUUACCGACUACUUACCGUUACCUUUGGCACUGCUUGUGCACCAUACUUGGCUAUCAAGACUUUGAAGCAAAUCGCGAAAGACGAAGGACAGGCUGAGAAGUUUUCAAGAGCAAGAGAGAUUAUUAAUCAAGAUUUUUACGUUGACGACUGUUUAUCGGGAAGUCAUGAUGAAGAUACAGCUAUCGAAGUACAGAGAGAGUUGACAGAGGUGUUAAAGAGAGGAGGAUUUGAGCUUCAAAAAUGGUGUUCCAACAGCGAAAAAUUUAUGAACGAGAUUGAGCCUGAAAGACGAGCAAAUGGUAUAGAAGUGAACUUAAACAGGAAGGCGAAAGUAAAGACACUAGGAAUAAUUUGGAAUGUGAGAGAAGACGAGUUGCAAGUCACGAGCGAAAUAAACAUCCUAGAGGAAAAGAAAAUCACAAAAAGAAAUGUAUUAUCAGUCAUUGCAUCUCUUUUUGAUCCCAUGGGUUGGCUUGCUCCAGUUAUCGCGUUAGCAAAGAUUUUCAUGCAAAAACUUUGGAUUCUUAGUUUGUCCUGGGAUGAAGAGUUACCUAUCGAUUAUUGUAACGAGUGGAUAGAGUUUAGAUCACAGAUUCAUAUACUUGAAUAG